AUGGCGCCCUUCCAACUCCUCGACCCCAGGGAGGAGGAGGAACUCCAUAAAUCACGCCUCCUUAACAUCGAGGAGAAGCCAUUCAAGCGAAUUACGAAACGCAUGCAGACGCUUCACGCCGCUGCAAGGUGGGGAAAGCAACCGGCAUCAGCAAACGCGACAACGAUAGCCAGCCCGACCGCCGCCGAGACGAACCAGAAUGGCACCACCACCAGCCGACCGCCGACAUCGGGCGGCGCACCAGCGCCGGUUUCAGAAGAGCUGCAGACCCUCCGCCAGGAGCUGACGCUCGACUUCGCCGCCUUCGACAGCACGGUCGCGCGGCUGCAGUUCCUGAUGCGGGCCAACGAGGAGGAGCGCCGACGGUACGGGGAGGACCGGGAGCAGAUCCUAGCCGAGUGCGAAGAUGUGCGGAGCAACACGGCGUCGCUGCGGACGCAGCUGGACGAGGCGCGCGCACGGCUCGAGCAGCGCAAGAAGUUCGACGUGCUGGCCGAGAGCAUCACGAGCAACCGUAUGCUCAAGUCGCGGGCCGACCAGGAGCGGAACCUGUCCAAACUGGCCGAGGAGUGCGCGCAGCUGCAGGAGGAGAUCAGCCAGAACACCACGACGCUGCGCGAGCGCAAGGACCAGUUCGAGCGCAUCAUGGACGAGGCCCACCGCCUGCGCAGGCAGAUCCGCGACGAGAACGACGAGGUCGACAGGAGAGAGGGUAUGGGCGAAGACGAAGGAGGCGAGGCUGACGGCCAUACACCGAGGCCCGGCAUCGCCAGCGGCAACGCGACGCCACUCCCCCAUGCCGUGCCGCAGAGGGCCCUGGCCGGAUCUACGCUGGGCAGUAGGACCCCCGCGAUGGAGAGCCCAGCUCCACAGGACUCGCUGAAGCCGACCCCCGACCCGGUAGGGAGCUUCAGCCAGGGCGGCGGCCGGAGCGAUAGCCAAGACGGCGCAGGGGCAACCCCGGCGGCCUCGACGGGCGCAGACGCCCGGAAUGGCGAGGGCGAGGGCGAGGACGUUGACAUGGACGAUGUAGGCGACAGGCAGGCUGGCGAUGAUGGAACCCCAAGAAACACCGACGCCCAGGGUGAGGGUACUCCGCGGAUCAUGGUCGAUGGUCCGCAAGUUGUGGAGGAGAAGAUGGAUACUACCUAG